AUGGUGGCCACCAGGAGAGGAGCGCGUGCAGGCUCCCCGAGUAAAAACAACCCUGACAUGCACUCAGAUGUCCAGGCUACUCCUUCCAUUGGUAGAAGAACCAGGAGGACUGCUAAACAAGCAGAAAGCCCCACCCACGAUGCCCUGGUUGAAACCAGCAGACAGCUUGAAAAAAGUGUGGGAGAAGCCCAAGCAUCCCCACCUGCGUCCUUGAUGAAAAGAUGCACCCGAGCAUCCAGACUCCACAGUCCAGAGCAGCCGUGCACACCAGUGGGCUCCAUCCAUGAAGCAGAUCAUUCAGACGUUGAAUCCUGCUGCUCUGCUGUGUCUGAUGCUGAACUGCCAAUGACUCACAAAAGGCAGAGGAGGACGGCGCCGCGUACAGGGAGUCAGGAGGAGGAGACAUCUGAGAUGGGAAGUGUUCGCAGGAGUACAAGGAAGAGACCUGCGAAGACUGAUCAGAAAGAUGCUAAGGCUGAAGUGGUGCAAGAAUCCGAGUCCUGCAGCUCUGUGGUGUCUGAAUCUCGGAGAGCAACAAGAAGUCAGAGAAAAACUCGCUCCAGAUCAUCCACCAAACAACAAACUGUUGAUUCUGAGGUUUCAGAUGCAGAGAGCUGCACGUCCAGUGUGUCAUCAGUCUCUAAAUCCACCAGGUCAAGAAGGUCAAGAAGGCAGACUGGUCCCAUCCCCAUUCACUUAGAAGAAGAAGCAUCAGAAAGCUCCUGUUCCCCUGCACGUAGAACUCCUAGGACUCGGGCACCCAGAGGAAAGGCUUCGGAUAACAUAGACGUCAGUGAGCCUCCUUCUUGUGACUCUGAGGGGUUUGAAUCUGGGCCGACUUACAGUAGGACGACUCGCAGACGUGGAAAGCCAGGGUCCAAAGCUGACUCAGACUCUGAGCCAGCAGAUGGGCAUUCUCCACUGGGCAGUAGAGGAACCCCCUGCAGCAGCCGCACAGGCUCAGGGAGCAGUAGUCUAGGUGCACAUGCCUCCAAAAGCUCAAUCAAGGACCUCAAUAUUAUUCCAGAAAAAGCUGCAGAGCAGGUGGAGGAGGAGGAGGAGAAGGACGCUUCACUCAGUGACUCUAGGUUAGACAGUACUAUAAUUGCUGAGGAUGCAGACUGCACACUGCUGGAGGAAGAUAAGAGCCAAACAGAGGAGACAGAAGAAAAUGCUAUUCCUGAAGAAGACUCCCUUGUAUCAGAAGACACUGUUGGUAAACCUGCAGUGACUAUGGGACUCCAGCAGGAGGAGCCAUGUGCUGAAAGUAAGCUCGAGGACGCCUCACAGAUGGAAACGAUGCAGCAGACAGAAACACCAUCAGAGCAGUUGGAGCCUUCAGUAACAGAAACACAAUGUGAGAGGAUUCCUGAGAUCACAGAGGAGGCUGAACACAAAGAUAAAGCAGCUGAUGUGGACACCCACUCGUCACAGGCAGAUGAGGCUGUAGACGAGGUUGUUGUUGUGGAAACUAGGCCUAGUGAAGAGGAGGAGGAGAAAAUGGAGGUGAGCAUGUUGAAUAGAGAUGAUCAGCAGGUGGUUGACUCCUGUGAGGUCGAGUCUGUUCAGGUGACAUCCAGUGAGGAACACAAGAUCACAGUGGAGUCUUCCCCUGAACAACCAAAAGAUGUCAUUGUCCAGAAAACAAAAACCAUCAGCCUGUUGGAGAGCAGUGAGGAUGAAGAGGAGUCUGCUGAAGAGGAGGAGGAUGUGGAGCUUUCUGAAGAGGAGGAUUUGGAGAAUAGAUCAGAAGAGAGGGGUGGACCAUCCAAAAGCUCCAGAUCUGCAGGCUCAUCAGUUGAAGGACUGUUUAUGAUUGACACACGGCCUGGACAGCAUGCUGAUGAACACUACUACAAAGAGAGGCUGAAAGUGGAGGAAGAGAAGGAGACGGGCACACAUGAGCAGGAUGAGGAAGAUGAGGAGUUUGUGGAUGAAGAGGGGAGUGAUGAUGGUGACGAAGAUGCGAUGAUCCUCUUCUCAAGUAGAAAUUCUCAGAUGAAGGAGUUGUCGAGCCGUAUUGACCCCGGCAUCAGAUUGAAGGAGCUCGGGGGUUUAUACAUCAAUUUUGAUGGCAGCAAAUCAAAACCCGUCUCCGGUUCGCUGCAGAAACAAAAAGAAAAGAAGAUCCAAGAUGAGGUGAUGAAGAAGAGUGUGAUAGGACCGGACUUUGAAAAGAAGGAAGCAGUGCCUCCAUACAGUGAAUCGAAACAAGCUUUAAAGUUGAAACACAAAGUGGAAAGGGAGAAAUCAACAGGAGACGGUUGGUUCAAUAUGAAAGCCCCAGAGAUCACUCAGGAGCUCAAAGGAGACCUCCAGGUCCUGCAGAAGAGAGGAUCUGUAGAUCCAAAGAGGUUCUACAAGAAGAACGACCGUGAUGGCUUUCCUAAAUACUUUCAGAUUGGCACAGUGGUGGACAGUCCAGUCGACUUUUAUCAUUCCCGUAUUCCAAAGAAGGACAGGAAGAGGACGAUGGUGGAGGAGCUGAUGGCUGAUGCUGAGUUCAGGCACAACAAUAAAAAGAAGUACCAGAACAUUGUGGCAGAGAAAGCAGCACAAGGAGCCGGCAGGAGACACAAGAAGAACAAAUUUCAUAAAAAAAUGAAUGUGAAGCCCUAAUGUGAUGGACACUGACUGUGAGCUACUUUUAUACAUGCUGUUUUCAUCGAUCACCAGGAUUAUUAUUAAAGAUUUCAGGGGAAAUUAUUUCAAGACUUCAAGAUUAUAUUAAAUGCAUUUGAGUUUUAGCCACUCAGUAUCAUCUCCAAAGAGGAUUUAAGUAUAAUUGUCUGAACAUGAAGAAACAAACUGUUACUUUAUACAGUUAACAAAAACAACUGUAAAAAUGUGACUUUAUAAUGUAAACCAACGUCAAUUUUUUUAUCAAAUAGAAAUGUUUUUCCAUCAUUUUGCUGCACAGAAAUCAUAGUUAUUAUACAAAUAUAUCCAUCAUACUAACAUUAAAAUACUUUAUUCUGACUGGUC